CCAUAUAAGGCUCCCGCCCUCGCUCGGGCCUGCCGUGCCUCGCCUCACGUCUCCCCGGCGACUCUCCCCGCUCUCCGGCCAUGGCUGCGGCGGGCGAGGAGGGCGGCGACGCCCCGGCGACGCCUCUGCGCCCCGCGCCUCACCCGCUCGGCGACGGCGGCGGCGGAGGAGAGCCCGCGGCGGGUCUGUGGCCGGCCUUGCUGGUGGCGCUGGUGGCGGCGCUGCUCGCUUGGCUCUGGUACGGCCGCGGAGACGGCAAGGGGAAGGAGGAGGAGGCCGGGGGGUCCCCUCAGAGACAGCGCGGAGACCGAGAAUCCCUUCAGAGAAGCUAUGAGCCUGCCAUACCUGAAACAAAGCCAAUUAGUGUGUCCAGCCCCCGGGAGCCAGUGGGGAACCAGCUGGGUCCUCCAGGAGAACAUAGUUCCCCCGAUGUUCCUGGAGAGUUUCCUGAAAGAGAGCACCCGGCCGAGGAGCCUACGACCCCCUUAAUGAACUACAAGGAAUAUCUCAGGAAUGAAGCAUUUGGUUACCCCACGACAGCACCUCAACAGAGCCCAGAAGCUGAAGUUCAUGAGGCAAGUAGUUCAGCAGAAGCAAGUGCCCCUAGUGACAAGCAUGAGGAGACAUUCACGGAACAGAGGUGCCAUCACUCUGUGGACCAUGAGGAAUGGGAAAUCGUCCCUGAGCAUUCGGCGUGGGGAGAGGCUACGAGGAAGAGCAGCGUGGACGACGCAAGCAGCAAGGACCCAGAGCAAGCCAAGAGGGUUGCUGCCGUGUCUCCAAUGCCUCAGACUGUCCAUGUGACUUUUCGGGUACAUUACAUCACUCACUCGGAAGCCCAGCUGAUUGCCAUCACAGGUGACCACGAGUGUCUAGGGCAGUGGCACCACUAUGUACCACUCAGGUGUGACAAGGAUGGGUUCUGGUCGGACUCUGUCGUCUUACCAGUUGAUACCAGAGUGGAGUGGAAGUUCAUAGUGGUGGAGAAUGGGAAAGUCAGGCGGUGGGAAGAAUGUGACAAUCGAACCCUGAUGACUGAACAUGAGGAUCGAGUGGCCCAUAAGUGGUGGGGAUUUCACUGAAUCUGGCCUAGCUCAGGGGUUCUGUUUUUAUUCCAUUUCACUAUAGGGAGUUUUCCUGUUUUUGCCUACCUUAGUAUAUCUCUGUGCUGCAUGUUUUGCCAGAAUUGCCUUAGAUUAAAGUGUCUCUGCUGCUAGCUUAGGCUUUUAAGAUAUGAAGAAAACUCUUCAAUCUGAACCAGACCAAAGCCUUCCUAGUGACAGACAUGUUAGAGCUGUCUAGCGGGUGGUGUUUCAAAACAGCUCCCUGCAUAAAAAAGCUUUAAUCCCUAAACUUGAGAUUGUACUGUGUGAGGAGACAGGAGCAUUGAGCGUGGCCACUGGACUGACAGAGCAGGAGAAGGUGCAGUUAAACUACACUGUAACUGUCUGUUAAAAUGUUCUUAACUUAUGACUGCAAAAGGAAACAAUAAAGAUUAUUUUUAGACUGGUGACCGUCCUUUA